AUGUCUGGAACACAGCCAACCGUCGUGCCCACCCAGGUCCCACAAGAUCCCAAGCUCUCCCCAAUGCCUCCACCAGUGAAGAAGAAGCAGCCCUAUCCGUUCUACCUCGGCGGUGUCGCCGCAACGAUCGCCGCCUCGAUCACGCACCCGCUCGAUCUGACAAAGGUCCGCCUCCAAGCAUCAGGCGACAAGCGCAUGCUCGAGAGCAUCAAGAAGACCGUGCGCACCGCGGGCGCACGCGGCCUAUUCGACGGCAUCUCCGGCACGUGGCUCCGCCAGAUGAGCUACUCCCUCUGUCGCUUCUGGGCGUACGACGAGAGCAAGAAGAUGAUCGGCGCCAACCAGCCAGACAGCGCGCCGUGGAAGCUGCCGGCUGCGGGCAUGAUGGCUGGUUCGAUCGCGGGCGUAGUUGGUAACCCAGGAGGCGACUUUGCCAAACCGCCAGAAAAGCGCUUCAACUACAAGCACUGCCUCGAUGCGUUGUUCCGGAUGGUCCGUGAGGAAGGCCCCUCGUCGCUCGCGCGCGGUGUCGGCCCGAACGUCUUCCGUAGCGUGCUCAUGAACUCUAGUCAACUCGCGUCGUACGACUUCUUCAAGUCGGAACUUCUAAAGACACCGUAUUUCAGCGACAACAUGGCAUGUCACUUCACAGCGUCGCUCGCGGCCGGUACGAUCGCGACGACGGUGUGCUCGCCUGCUGAUGUGUUGAAGAGCCGUAUAAUGAACGCCUCUGGGCCGGGAUCGAGCUCAACCAUCGGCGUGAUCAAACAGUCGCUCGCGAACGAGGGCGCGAUGUUCAUGUUCAAGGGCUGGCUGCCCGCGUGGACACGUCUCCAGCCGACGACGAUCCUCAUCUUCCUCACGCUCGAGCAGCUCAAGCGCGCUGUCGACUGGAAGCGGGGUGAUCUCUAG